AUGCGUCAGUUUACCGUUAUACUAGUUUGCCUUAGUGCCGCUUUGGGUGUGGCCAGCGCCGCCAAGCUGGGCUACAACUAUGAGGCAGGACUCUCCGGCUCAGACCACUCCGCGGUUCCUGGUAGCGCAACCCGCAACGUUGAGCCCACAAGUCAUGACCUGGACAGCGAGCCGCAGCUGUUUACGCCCAGCGCUGACAUUGCCGAGCCAACAGGCCAAGCCGUCGACUAUGCUGCGCCACAAGCUGAGCUGCAAAAGGAAUUCUUUAGCUACACUGCCGACGAAGAGGACUUCAACGAUCCUGCUGCAGCUGAAAGGGUCGUCGAGUCGCUGAACAAAGCUCUGCGUGUUGUCUUCAUCAAGGGACCCGAGCACAAUGGUCUGGAGAACGCUGCGCUGGCUCUGGCCAAGCAGGCUGCCCAACAGGACACCGCCAUCUAUGUGCUCAACAAGCAAACCGACCUGGGUGAGCUCGCCCAGAAGUUCAACACUGUGCGCAGCAAUGUGAACAACAAGCCCGAGGUGCACUUCGUCAAGUAUCGCACCCAGGAGGAUGCUCAGAAUGCUCAGCGUGCUAUUCAAGGUCAAUACGAUCAACUGGGCGGCACUAGCCAAGCUCAUGAUGGCGGCGUUGCCUCUGCUUUGAACUUUGCUUCAGCUGCGCCUCAAGCUGCUGCCAAUGAUGCCAUUGACCAAACUGAGGAGACUGCGCCAGUCAAUUCCUAUGUGCCUCCAGUUACGCCUGGCAGCAGCUACUUGCCCGCCAAUCUGUUGCGCCUGGUGCGUUACUAG